AUAAUUCUUUUUCAUAUAUACUUGCAUGUUUCAAAAUUAUUUAUCCUAAGAUGACGAAAUAAAGAUGUGUAGUCUUAUAGUCAAAUGUUUUGUCGCCUGCAUAACAAUUUCCCAAGCGUAUGCUAAUUGUUACAUCUGAUCCGCAAUACGGCUAUUCCAUCUGCUUCAAUCCGCUGACAAAGAAGAAACGAUCCGCAACACUGGGUUCGGCAUGACAUCCAAGUGUUCGAUGAAAUGCCCGUUUGAAAAUAAUUUGUGUUUUUUUCCAUUGUAGAUUGAAUGGAGAGCCUGAGAAAGAUGAUGCGGUAUGGUGUUCUGUGCUCCGGGAACCCUCGGCGUUUGUACGCCACGAAAGUGGACCUGAAAAAGCUCCGGCCGAUGAUUCUGAAGAGAAUCGAGAAACGGGCACAUACUUACCCGGUUCGCGGCAUGGUUCCGGUUGCCAAUGAGGUCCUCCAAGUCAGGAAUGAUCUCAUCCAUGGCGUUUCCACCCUUCUUAACUUCCUUCCUCUCAUGGCUUGCAAAUUCUGUCCAGAGAUAUAUAUUGGUGAGCAGGGGCAUUUGAUUCAAACUUGCUCGGGUUACAAGCAUCGUGCCAAGAACCGGGUUCAUGAAUGGAUCAAAGGUGGUUUGAAUGAUAUACUUGUCCCUGUUGAAACAUUUCACCUGGACAACAUGUUUCAAAGUGUUAUUAGGCACAAUGAAAGGUUUGACUUUGAUCGCAUCCCUGCUGUUGUUGAGCUAUGCUGGCAAGCAGGGGCUGAUUUCCAUGAUGAAAACCUUAAUUCAAGUAGUUGGAACUUGGAAGCUGACAAUGGAAGUGUUCCAGAAACCGAGUCUUUGUCACCAAAUGAUCUUACCUCUAUAGCUAAUAAAACAUUAACUGCUUGGGAGACUCUUAGGUCUGGGGUGGAGAAGUUGUUGUUGGUUUAUCCAGUAAAAGUUUGUAAAUAUUGUUCUGAGGUUCAUGUUGGGCCAUCAGGCCAUAAAGCUAGACUCUGUGGGGUGUUCAAGUAUGAGAGCUGGAAAGGUGCUCACUUUUGGAUGAAAGCUAAUGUGGAUAAUUUAGUGCCCCCAAAGAUUGUAUGGAGGCGAAGGCCUCAAGAUCCUCCUGUCCUUUUGAAUGAAGGGAGAGGCUUUUAUGGGCGUGUUCCAGCUGUGUUGGAUCUGUGCUCAAAAGCUGGUGCUGUUGUGCCUGCAAAGUAUAAUUGUAUGAUGAAGGUGCAAGGUUUGUCUUGUCAGGUCAAUAAUAAUUUUUUUGGGAUCACAAGAGAAUCAAACUCUUGAGAGCAACAGUAAGUUGAAUUACAGGUCUGAUCGGAACGAGGCACCCAAUCAGGGAUAGUUUGGGGGGAAAAUCUGACAUGUCCUUACUUUAGGCUGCAAUUUUUUGCAUAAUUAUAAGUGUUAAUUAUCUGCUUUUGAACUGCAUUACGUGGCUCCUUUAUCUUUAUCUUCUAUUGUUUUAGUUUCUGUUUUAGUCAAUCAGUGGUUCCUACACUUUAGGAGCAAGUUAGGUUGUUAUCCACAGAUUGCUAAAAUCUUGGUAACGUGAUAGUUUUCUGUUUUAUUUGAAUUAUGAUAAAUGUACUGCUGCUAAUGAAUCAAAAUGAUCAUUCCGUUCCUUCUUCAAAUAUUCAAUGCAUUCCUCUCUGCUUU